GAGAGAGAGGAGAGAGAGAGAGGGGGGGAGAAACAGACAGGACCAGACAGACUCCCUCAGCAGUUUAGUCGCCGGUCACUCGGCGCAAAACGCGGAUCCUCUAAAGCUGAUUUGUUGUAAGGGACUGAAAGUAGCUCAAGUACAUUUUUACAACGUUGAAACUACAUUUAAAGGCUGCAGCGAUACUUCAGCGGCACGCCGAUAGAUAGAUAGAUAGAUAGAUAGAUAGAUAGAUAGAUUUUCGUGGAAGAGGAGGCGAAACCUCAGAGAGGAGGAGGAGAGAACCGAGACAGGAGGAGGACCGGAGGGAAAGGAGAGGAGGUUGGAGAGAGAGCAGAGAAAAAAGGAGGAUUUUUUUUGGAGGGGAGUUUGUUGUGAGAUUUUUAUUUUAUUUUUUUUUAGUCUCCUCUCUCUUCCGGUCGCCUCUCCUCCUCCACUCGUCCUCUCUGUCCCGGAGUAUUUAUGUCUGAUUUUAGGAGCAUUUAAAUGUUAAACUUGAUGGGUGUUUUAAACGCCACCGCCGCCAAUGUCUCCUGUACUUGUAACUGCAAGCGCUACACCUCCCUCCAGAGCAUGGAAAUCAGGAAAGAAUCUCCAUUUGAGAUGGAUUCAGCCCAGCUGGAGUUCGUCCAGAUUCUGGUGAUCGUAAUAGUCAUGAUGGUGAUGGUGGUGGUCAUCACCUGUCUUCUCAACCACUACCGCCUAUCAGCACGCUCCCUUCUUUCCAGGCACGCCCCUACACGCAGGAGACACCUGCCACUGGCCAACGAGGGAAGUCUGUGGUCCUCUGAGGGAACAGGCACAAACAGUGGUCUAAAUGAGCACCAGGUGUAUAACACCCACCCCCCGGAGAGAGGGGGCAGCUCAUCCUACAUACAGCGGGAAGCACAGCACAGCCACUCCCAUCCUCCGCUGCAGCCCCAGCGCUUCCAGCACACAUACGCCCCGAGUCGCUUUCAGCCAACUUAUCCCUACCUGCCUCAGAGCCUCAUCGAUCUUCCCCCCACCAUCUCCCUCUCAGAUGGAGAGGAGCCCCCGCCGUACCAGGGGCCCUGCACCCUGCAGCUCAGAGACCCCGAGCAGCAGAUGGAGCUGAACCGCGAGUCGGUCAGAGCGCCACCCAACCGAACAGUGUUCGACUCCCACCCUCUCGAUCCAUCCAACUCCUGUCUGCAGGCCAGACUGCAGGCCCCCCCUCCAAGUGUCCAUUCAGGCAUCAGUGUGUUGGAAGCCCAGGAGGCUUUGUCCAGGCAUCAGAAGCAGGGCUCUCGAGUGGAAGGAGCUCCUCCGGCCUACAGCGAGGUGAUUGGGCACUACUACCACCCAGCAUCUGUAACCUCCAGUCACAACAAUCGGACUGUGAUAUCCUCACAAGCACCACCUGCCUCGCUCAUACAAGGCCUGCUCCGACCUCCGCAUCAACAGCAAGGAAGCGUGGACAACAGGAACACAAGGAAUACAAAGGAGAAAUCCCAGAAACCCCAGCAGGUGUGACAGUGCUGCUCUCUGCUUCCAGUGAGAAAGCCGGGAUUACAUCUGCUCACCACUGGAGUAAUGGCCAGUGGAGAAAAAUCACGAUGUUGUCAAAAUCCACUCUGAAGGGUUUAAGAGCUGGUUAGUUUUAGUUGUUGCAGGUCAGUUUUACAGUUUCCCCACUGGCUUCUCUGGGUAAGAUAACCCGGAACCACGUUGCUUCUGCAGAGCACAGUCGCAUGAACAUCUGGCACAUCCUGUUCUGCAGCUUCCUGCUUCAUGUCUUCAGAUGAACCAUUGAUGUCAGAAAAGAGAGGCAGAUUUAGAAGGGAGUGAGAUGGAAGCAGAUGCCUCUUUCCCUUAACAAGUCCUCCUCAUCUCUCUUCUGUCAGACUGAUCUGCGUAAUCACCUUUCACAAUGAAUAUUUACUUGGUCUGUUUUUUCCUUUGAACUUAUUCUUUAUCUUAUUCACACAUUCAUGAAAAUUCCUAUCCAAGCAAAUGGCGAAAUGUUACAAUCUUCUUGGUUCUUCCAUUUGUAGGAUUUCUUUUUUUAAAAUGUGAUAAUCCCCCUCCCCCACCACGCUGCUUGUGUCCAUUUAGUCCAUAUUCAAAAAUCCACUUCUGCACCAGGCUUUAGCCACAUCGCUGGGACAUUUUAGCACAGUAGAAAGAAAUUGGUGAUAGCUUAUUCCGUGAGUUGUAGCACAAGGCUAAAAGUUCUGCCUUACAUUUCCUAAGCAAUGCCACUGAAAUGCUUGUUUCUUUUUUUCCUUUUUUUUCAAAUUUUAUGUUCUUUUUUUUAAAAGAACGCUUGCACAAAGUUCAAGACUGUUCACCGCAGAAAAAGAAUAAUCCGCAAUAUGAUGGAAAAGAGACAGAAAGUAGGGAAAGCAUGGGUAUUUUUCUAUACUUGAUGGAUUCCUAUGAGUAAAUUUGUUGUGUUCCUUUUGUUUAGUUUUUUUUUCAAUUUGUUGUCUAGUUUUAGAAAAAAAAAGAUACAAACAUCAGUAAUCUGUUGGGGUGCCAACUUUUCACCUUUUGCAACGUACAUGUUGACGUGUAUAUACGUCACACAUGGAGCAUAUAUACACACACAUGUAUGCAAACCUAGAGUGAAAAGCACGAAUUUAAAGUUAUUUAUAUAAUUGCUGAGAAGAAUUGCACUAUUUUUUAGUAUGCGCCGAUGGAACGUUUCUGGGACUUUUAUUUUGAAGGAGCUCUGUCUAUUGGGGCAUAAAAACAAGAGAGAAGCAAGAACAUGGUGAGUGAAGCUCGGACCGAGCGGUGCACAGCAGCUGCUAUCAUGAUAAAAGUAAGGGGAGGUUCUGACUUUGGCCCAACGGACUCGGAUUAACCGUUACUGUACCAUUGAUAAAAAUGAAUAAAUAAUCCUUGGUUUAUGCAAAUGUCCGAGUCCCGCGAGCCAGCCAGAAGUCAGCAUCCAACCUGUGGGUCCAAUCAGAAAGUCUUAACUCUCUCUCAUCCUAUUGGCCGAAUCAUUAGCCAAUCCCAAAGCUGGCUAUUACUACCUCGACCAAACAAGCGAAGCACAUUAGAGUUUAUUCAUGUUAACCAGACCCAACAAAUGUCUGGAACAAUCGAGACAGUCUAAUGUAACAAUAGAUGUUAAGUAGAGUAGGAUGUCGUAGACUUAGUUUUUAAUCCUGUUGUGUUAUUUUAUUUGAAUGUCAGAUAUUUUUAUUCAUUGGAUGAGAAGAGAGAAAACAAACCAAUGACAUCCCCCUUGUAGUGCAUUACUCAGGAAGGAAGCCAGUCGCCCAGCAGGUCCUGAAUAUCUGAUGCACUGACUGUGCACCACUUUGGCCACUCAUGCACCCGAAAGACCAAAUUUUCUGGUCACGUACCUCUGGUUCCUUUGAAUUAUCAAAUCUCUCCCACGUUUUCAACCCAUGUACACAAUCUGCUCUCUAAGUUUCUCUCUCUUGCAGGCCACUCUGAGCACUUUAUUGCACCAGGAAAGAGACAACAAUCUUCUGUCAGCCAGCGCCGACCAACCAACCAAUAAAGCUUAAACACAACGGUAGAACCUUUUAGGUUUUUAGAUUCAGAUUUAGAUUCUCCAACCACUAGUGAUGCACUUUUAAAGAGAUGCAAAGAGUUGUGGACCAAAGCUUUUAACAUUUACUGGAUUAAAAAACAACUUUAUUUAUCAUUUUGAAGUUUAAGAACUUUAAGACAUAUGGACUUUAAAUACAACCAGCAGAACAUAUGCUUUGACAAAAUAUAUUCUAUAAUUAGGAGAAUUUUUUAAAUUUUCUUGAUUAUAAACUCAUGCUUUUAAGCUUUGGACUCAAACUCUUUGAGCGUUAAUGCAGCACAAGGCUGGUUGUUGAAACUAGGCACACUGAAGUGUUGAAAAGUGGCACGAGUGUUAAUAGCAGCCCGUCUUGUGUCAUCUCAUUAAGAGUGCAGAAUUAAUAGAGUUGCAUUAUGUAGCUGACUGAGCUACUUGGAUUAGAAAGUAAUCAGUAUUUGUAGUUUUUGUAUUUAAAGCUGCUGCUUGAGCUAGACAAAGUCAGCGCCCUCUAGUGUCCAGCCUUUAUGCAACAGCGCCCUCUGCAGGGACUGAACCAAACUGUACCCAAAUCUCCUGAGAGACCAGAAAGUCUGAAGGCUAAAAAAAAGACAUUUUAUAAUCUUUCAUUUUUUGCCUGUACUUUCCAUGAUGAGUCACAGCAGCAUCUAUCAACUAUCGUGAUAAAAAGAAUUCAAUCUGCUGAACUGGUUCCCCAGUAUAAACCUUGUUUACAGGGACAGUUUGGCCCAAAGGUAAAUUUAUGUUUUUUUCCAAUUUUUUUUGUAGUCAUUCCUAUCCACCUGGAUUGUGUUGAACUGGUGUGUGAAUUGCCCGGUUCUGGAGAAAUCAGCUACAGAGAUGCCUGUGUUCUCUUUAAUAUAAUGUAAGGAAAUGGCACUCUCUGCUUGGGGUGUUUAAAGUGCCAAAAUGUGAAAAAGACGGUAAUAGUUUCUCUUUCCAGAAAUUGUGAUCUGUUUAUUCAAAAAAAAAAAAAAAAAAAAAAUCCACAAACCUUACAGUGAGCCAUUUCAUGCAGGAACUCUUUAGUUCGUACUGAUCUGCAAUUUUGAAACAUGUCCAUGUGCAGAAGAAAGCAACCAUGUGCGUGUGAUGAAAGGCUCUUGCUGGUGGGAGAUUGAAUGGAUGUUAACUUCAAUUGCGUGCCCCUCAUUUGACCUGUAAUAUCAGGUAGCUGCACAGGUGCGAGGGUGUCUUUUGGUAUGAAGAAAAUAAUUCCUACAUGAAACUGCUCACAAAAAUGAUGGUGGAUGUUUUUUGAUUAACAGCUUCACAAUUUUUGAAAGAGGCAUAGCUGCAGAAUAUUUCAAAUGUAAUUUCUGGUGCUUUGAGCUCUUCAUAGUAAAUGCCAUUCAGUUCUAUUCCAUUAAAUAGAACGGUGACAUUUAUAUAUCCAAAAACUUCAAAAAUUAGUGGCUCACAAAAAAAAACCAAACAUAGAAAACUGUGUAAAUUUGAUAUUAGGGUGAACUCUAAUUUUAAGUUGCUGGAUACAAACUAAAAGUUUACAGCUUGAUAGAUGGAUGGGAUGUGUUUAUGCUAGUCUUUCUCGUCAUUUUAUCAUCCCAGUGAUGAUUUUGUCUUGUGUUCUACAGCAAACUAUAACAUUUCUAAUCAUAAAACAGAUUGAAAAGACUCUUCUAGCUGGUUAGAAAAGUCUUCGAUGAUAUUAGAAAGAUCUUCAAAACAUCUUGUAGCAUUACUCAGCGAACUACUUUUAAAAAUCCAUCGAGGAUCUGGGCUUUACAGAUGCUUAUAUUUUAGAGUUAAAACCUGAAAACACUGAAUUCCUCUCAAAAAGUAAAGACAAAAAGUGAGAAAAAAGAUUUGCCCUCCCGUCAUCUUUAAAGUCUAGAGCUCUCUGUAUUGUUCGCAUUUAAUAUAGAUCAUUUAAAGAAAAAAAAAUAUUAUAGAAAUUAACAAAUCUACUGACCCAAAAGAAAGACGAUAAAAAAAAUAAUAGUAAUAAUAAUAAUAAUCUUUGGUCUUGUAAUGAGGUUAGCAGCCUGGUUCUAAGUCCUAAGGUAAUUUGAACUAUUUUUCUCUUUCAUACUUGUUUUUGAACAGAGUUGUUUCCUUAAAUGGUUUCCUUUCCUGCACCAGAGGGUUUGCAGCGGGUAUGAGAAGGCUGGACAGGCUCUGACCACAAAUAUUAGUGAUAGGAUCUUAAAAAAUGCAUAAGGAAGUUGGAAAAAUGUGUAGAAUCAAUCUCUUAUUUCAGGGGAAAACCCGGACUGGCUGACAAUACAAAAUAAGACAGGAGGAGAAAGAGGGAAAACUCAUUUGGAGGCUGACAGGAAGAACAGAUCACACAUUUAUACACAGCUGCUAAUACCCUAGCGCUGCCUACACUUAAAGACUGGUGUGUUUACAUGCAGUUGUACUUGUUCACCAGUGUUUGUGAGCUUUUCUUUAACUCUCAAUUCUAUUUAUUUAUGUUUUUUUUUAAAGUUCAGUUCGAUUUGAGUCACAUAAAAGAGACAUAUUAAACCAAUCAGUGCUCAAAUCACAUAUUUUUUGUUGCUUUAAUCCAUCGUGGAGAUAUUGAAAGUGUUAGGAGAUCACUGUGUGUGUGUGUGUGUGCAGUUAAUGUACACCCACCUGCCCUGGGAAAGACCUCCAGCUGUCUAGACAAAAACUAAACACACACAAAGGCACACACGGAGCAGACUAAACAAACUCACCGAAGAACCAAACGCCUCACACACACACAGACACGCACACACGCGCACACACACACACACACACACUGAGGUUUUUGUUAUUGCGGACCACACAAGGUAGCAAAAACAUUUAUUUCACACACCUUGAUUGCCUCUCCCCUCCCUCUCCCUCUUCCUGUCUGAACGAGCUCUUCCUGUUCCCUAGAGAUGGCCGCUGUCCAAUGACAGAGCUCCUUUCAGAACCGGCCCUCGCUGCCACUGGGUCAGCGCUCUUUGAGUCUCCUUGGAAACGUUCAUUGUUUAUUAUUGUUGCUAUGUCGUACAAGUGUGCCUGCCUGCGCUGAGACGGGCAAAAUGUGAGUGGCUAGUUUGGGCUGUCAAUCAUCCCAGGCCACACUGUCUCAGAUGAUGAUGAUGAAUAGAUGAUGGUGAUGAGAUUGUUGUUGUUGGUGAUGAUGAUGAUGAUGAAGAUAGAUGUUUUUGGUAGUGACACCGCAAAGAUCGUUGCAAUACACCUACUAUUUGCCUUUUUGAUGAUAUUAGUCAUAUUUUAACGUAGUGUGCUAAAUGUCAGUUUUUUUAUUGUUGUUGUUGUUGUUGUUGUUGUUGCUGAUGAUGUUUAUUCACUUGAGAACAAAAAGAUUUAACUUCAAUUCAAAAGUUCAUAUCAUUAAAAAAUGUGUUUGUU